AAAGUGUGGUUGGUGAAAGGAAAAGGAAUUAAGGAAGUAAGUAGUAACUAGGAGAAUUGCAUACACAUAGUUAGUUGUCUGUCUCUGUUUCUCCGUCGCGGCAAUUGAAGCACUCUGCAACUUCCAUCACAUGGCAGCAACAUCAGGGAAGAUUGUUCAAAAUGUUUUUAUGUCACAGUUCGCUUCACAGUCACAGGGUCGAAGGGACUGUUAUUUUGCCCCUUAUCCCCUUCCCUCUCCGCUAGGGAAGUUGGCAUGGACUGCCUCUUCCAUGCAAUUCCGCACUUUAUUCAAACCACAGAAUCAUUUUAUUAUCCAGAGAUAUUUUCACUGCAAUGGUCUGUUCUAGACUCUCAUUAUACAGCUUCUGCAUCUGCUACUGCAGUGCCAUAUCUAGACAAGACAGAUUUUCUAAAGCUUCAAAAUGGCAGUGACAUACGUGGUGUGGCUGUUGAUGGGGUUGAGGGAGAGCCAGUUAACCUCACUGAACCUGUUGCUGAAGCAAUAGGAGCUGCUUUUGCUGCAUGGUUAGUGGAGAAAAAGAAAGCUGAUGCUUCUCAGCAUUUGAGAGUUUCUAUCGGCCAUGAUUCCCGAAUAUCAGCCAAAUUAUUACAGAAUGCAAUUUCUCGAGGUCUUGCUGGUGCUGGCCUAGAGGUUGUCCAGUAUGGAUUAGCAUCAACUCCAGCCAUGUUCAAUAGCACACUCACAAAGGAUGAAGCUUUUUUAUGUCCUGCUGACGGAUCUAUUAUGAUAACAGCAAGUCAUCUGCCUUUCAACAGGAAUGGAUUCAAAUUUUUCACAAAUGCUGGUGGGCUUGGGAAGGCUGACAUCAAAGAUAUCUUAGAGCGAGCUGCAAACAUAUACAAUCAAUUUACAACAGAAAGUUUGACGAAUUCAGAGAGAAAAGCUUCAUUAUCUAUUAAGAAAGUUGACUACAUGAUUGUUUAUACAUCUGAUCUAGUAAAAGCGGUUCGCAAAGCAGCUGGAAACAUAGAGAAACCGCUGGAGGGAUUCCAUAUAGUUGUUGAUGCAGGCAAUGGAGCAGGAGGCUUUUUUGCAGCAAAGGUUCUGGAACCUCUGGGGGCAAUAACUUCUGGUAGUCAAUUUUUGGAGCCUGAUGGCUUGUUUCCAAAUCAUAUUCCAAAUCCUGAGGACAAGACAGCAAUGAAAGCCAUAACCCAAGCUGUCCUUGAUAACAAAGCUGAUCUUGGAAUUAUCUUCGAUACUGAUGUGGACAGAUCUGCUGCUGUGGAUUUCACUGGCCGAGAAUUCAACAGGAAUCGUUUGAUUGCCUUAAUGGCAGCUAUUGUUCUUGAGGAACAUCCUGGAACAACUAUUGUCACAGAUAGUGUGACUUCUGAUGGGCUUACCACCUUUAUAGAGAAGAAACUUGGUGGAAGACACCAUCGGUUCAAAAGAGGCUACAAAAAUGUGAUUGAUGAAGCUAUUCGUUUGAAUUCUAUUGGCGAGGAGUCGCAUUUGGCAAUUGAAACCAGUGGACAUGGAGCUCUCAAGGAGAAUCAUUGGCUUGAUGAUGGUGCAUACCUAAUGGUCAAGAUCUUAAAUAAACUUGCUUCUGCUAGAGCUUCUGGAAAGGGUGGUGGAAGCAAGGUUUUGACUGAUUUAAUAGAAGGACUUCAGGAACCAGCUCUUUCUGUAGAACUGAGAUUAAAGAUAAGCCAAAACCAUCCAGAUCUUAAAGGAGGAUCUUUUCGGGAAUAUGGAGAAGCUGUGCUGAAACAAUUGGAGAACUCAAUUGGCUCUGAUCCUAGUCUGCACAAGGCUCCUGUGAACUAUGAAGGGGUUCGAGUUUCUGGCUAUGGUGGAUGGUUCCUUCUUAGAUUAUCACUUCACGACCCUGUUCUUCCCCUUAACAUUGAGGCACCUAGUAAUGACGAUGCUGUGAAGCUUGGACUUGCCGUGCUUGCAGCGGUAAAGGAGUUUGCAGGUUUAGACAUAUCAGCGUUGAACAAGUUUGUAGGAGCAUCAUAAUUUGAUGCUUCAUACGAGAAUUGAGUUGGGUGCUGGAAUUGCUUUGCUUCUAUUUUUUCAUUAUACUGAGAUUCUCUAUACGUGCAUCAGCGGCAACAGAGGUUGAAUUAAAGAUUUAACUCCAUAUGGGUGUCAGGAGUAUGGUCUGUUGUGGAUUAGAAAUAUCAGAUAUCUCUAUGAAAGAAUUUUAUGACACAUCACAUUUUGAUAUUACUGUCAUCUGGAUCUAUGAUGUAAUUUUGUUGUGCUUUCCAUAUAAAAUUAUUGAGGUUUCUGAUAU